AGUCAAGAGUGACUCUGGCCCCGGGUAAGGGGAUACCCAGCACAUUUACAUCCCUGCACCUGCCCUGCUGCCCACAGCAGCGACACCACAAUCCCCCCAGCAGCAGCAGCAGCAGCAGCAGCUCUAUAAAGCUCCUCUUGCCAUCCCUGACACUCCACCAACAGCAGCCACUGACCUGCCUCAGCCUCUGCUGCCACAGCCCCCUGGGCCAGCACAGCUCUGCUCCCCAGCUCACACCAUGGAAGCUUCUCCCUCUCCACAGCAAUCCAAUGUCACUUCAGAUGGGGUCUUAACUGUGGCCAUCAUCACCGUGGAAGUGUUCGCUGGCAUGUGGAUAAAUGCAUUCAUCGUUUGUGUGCUUUGCAUUGCCUGGGUCAAAAAGAAAACCUUGAACUCUAUUGAGAAAAUCUUGCUGCUGCUGGGAUUCUCCAGGAUUUCCUAUUUGUGCUUCACAUGGAUAUACCGCCUCCUUUCAAUGAUUUAUCCCAAAUUCCUUCAUGAUCAAAACAUAGGUCAACUACUUAGAGCUCUUGCAAACUUAUUUAAUUAUUCCAGCUUGUGGGUCUCAGCCUGUCUUUGUGGUUUCUACUGCAUAAAAAUUUCCAAUUUCAGGAACAGCUUCUUCAUCUAUCUGAAAGUAAAAAUUGACAGGAUAGUGCCCUGGAUCUUGUUGGGGUCAGAGAUUUUAGCCUUGGCUAUCAGCAUCAUUAUAUCUGAUCUCAGUGAAACUCUGCAGGGGGACAACCUCACGUCCACCUACCAAGCAAAUUUUUGGGAAGUAACUUUCAGAAGGGAUAAACAUCUUCUCCCAACUUUUUUUCUUGCCGGCCUUGUAUUUGCUGCCUCAUUCAUGAUAGUCAUCUUUUCUGCUGUUUGCCUUCUCUUUUCUCUCUGGAGACACAAGCACAGGAUGCAGACAAACUCCAUGAAGGACCUCAGCAUGGAUGCCCACAUCAGAGCCAUGAAAUCUAUCCUCUCCUUCUUAGUGAUGUAUAGCAUCAACUUUGUAUGUUUGAUCUUGACAAUAAUUUAUGCCACAAAGAAAGAAAAUAUCAUGACACUCCUUAUAUUGAUGUAUUUGUGUGCUUUUCCAGGUGUUCAUUCCCUUAUUCUGAUUUUCAGCAAUCCCAAAUUAGAAAAGGCACUGAUGAAGAUUCUCUCCUGGGUGAAGUGUGACUUUUUCAUGAAAUAG